AAGGGACAAAGCGGCAGUUCCAGAGAUAAUGGUUGAAAACAGCUGGGGAAACUUCUCCAACAGAUGCGUGUCCUGGUCUCUCCAUCCUCAUAAACCUGGACUCUCCACUUAAAUAACCUCCCUGUCCCACCUACAGCAGUAAUUAUCUCAAAGCAGGACCAAACGCCCGCCCCAAAUGGCAAACAUUCCUCCUCAAAGACCUCAAAUUUCCGCUGCUUGUGGAGAGGGUCUCCAACCUUCAGAACAAUGGCCGGAUGCAGCCAGGCCCUCGAUUCUGAAGUUAGCCUUUUUCCGCAAACUUAUCACCAGCACAGGCGUUUCUCAUGUUUUUGCGGGAGAAUGUUUCCUCAGUAGACUGGUUUACUCCCUCAAGAGCAACCAAGCCGUUUCACUUUUCAAGCCUCCCUCCCGACUCUACGUCCAUCCGCCUCAGCCUCCUUCCUGGGGCAACACAGCCGUUUCUCCGGGAGACGGCCCGACGCGCGUGGCCAGACGGUUAGACGACCAACGGUUUCUAACGCGAGCGGGGAGCGCGGGAGGAGAGGCGGGAACGAGUCAGACCGGAGGGAGCCGACGCAGGGCGGGGCCAGCGUCGGGAAGGAUCGCGAAGGAGCUGGGAGGCCCCGCCCUUUCCGUAGAUAUCUCUAGAAAACCGCGCAGGAGCCCGAAAACAAAGAGUGCGCACGCGCGGCGGCAGGGCCCGGGCAUUUUGCUGCGUCACCAGCCGCCGCCCGGCCUCACCACCCCUCGCUCGCUCGCUCGCUCGCACGCACGCACGUUCAUUCUCCGUCCUCGCGCCCCUUUUCCUACACUUUCCUCUUCUCCCCGACCGGAGGAGCCGCUCUUUCCGCGCAGUGCAUUCUGGGGACCCAGGUCGAGCCCGCCGUCGCCUGAGGGAAGCGAGAAGAGGCCGCGACCGGGAAGAAAACGCCGAGUCGCCACCGGAGAAGAGUCGACUGCCCAGCAGCUGCCGCCGGAGAGGCCCGCCCACCCGCUCGCCCGUCCCCCUGCCCCGUUCACGAUGCAGCCUGCUUCUGCAAAGUGGUACGAUCGAAGGGACUACGUCUUCAUUGAAUUUUGUGUUGAAGACAGUAAAGAUGUUAAUGUAAAUUUUGAAAAAUCCAAACUUACGUUCAGUUGUCUUGGAGGAAGUGAUAAUUUUAAACAUUUAAAUGAAAUUGAUCUUUUUCACUGUAUUGAUCCAAAUGAUUCCAAGCAUAAAAGAACGGACAGAUCAAUUUUAUGUUGUUUACGAAAAGGCGAGUCUGGCCAGUCAUGGCCACGGUUAACAAAAGAAAGGGCAAAGCUUAAUUGGCUUAGUGUGGACUUCAAUAAUUGGAAAGACUGGGAAGAUGAUUCAGAUGAAGACAUGUCUAAUUUUGAUCGUUUCUCUGAGAUGAUGAACAACAUGGGUGGUGAUGAGGAUGUAGAUUUACCAGAAGUAGAUGGAGCAGAUGAUGAUUCACAAGACAGUGAUGAUGAAAAAAUGCCAGAUCUGGAGUAAAGAAUGUUGUCGUCAUCGGAUUUUGAGAAAAGAAAAGUAACUUCUCUGCAAGAUUUCAUAAUUGAGAGAAUUCCUGAGUCGAUAGCUCUAAAGGCAGAUGCUGUAUUUGCCUCCUUUAACCCAUUUUUCAACCUGUUUGUUUUUUUAAAGGCUUCACUAAGGGUUGAUACGUACCAUUGUAUGGGGCAGUUUUAAGUCAGCUAAGGCAAUAACCUUAUGCAUGAACUUUUCCCAAACUUCCAUGAUGCUGUUGAGGUCCUAGGCAAUUGACACAGCAGUUGUGAUAAAUAAAAACAUUUCACCUCAGUCUCCUUUACUUCAUAACAUAGAUACUGACAUGAUAGGAAGCUCUGGGCUUAGAAGAAAGAGAACUAAAUUUUAGAUUUUAGAAAAUGGACUCAAAAGUGGCUGAUGAAACAAAUUGGUUGAUACCUUAAUCUUGGUAACUUGUCCUCUGGUAUAUCCUCCAGGAUUAUUCCACUAAAGUUUUUAUUUUUCAAAGAAUUUACUUCACAUUAUUGUAAGUAAUCACUUGUCAGUGUUCCAGAUGUAUCUUAGCUAAAAUUAGUGAAUGCCCUAACUUAGAUGGUUUUGAAGCCUGUACAUUUGGUAUUGUUUGACCCUUAAACUUUUACAUCUCUUAGCAUGGAGGACGAAGAAAGGCUGUACAUUGUUGCUUGAGAGUCUGUACAUUUAGACCAAAUUGUAUUUACACUGUCAGUAUGGCAAAUGAGUGGAAAAAAAAAAUGUUAAUACACUAUUGGAUUUUUUUAUUUCUUUUUUUGACUCAGCUUGUCCCAGGCUGAAAACCUCAAUUUAUGUCCAUGACAGUGGGGAUUUUUUUUUUUUUUUUUAAAUGUCUACAUUCUUUCUAAUAAACUGUUGGAAGACUUUUUUGGCUGUCCUUUUAAGUGUCUGGUUUACUGUAAUUUCAUGUAUUACCAUUUACUGGAAUGGAGUUUUUUAUUUUUACUUGAGGAAGAAUUUGGGAAUAUUCCUCUGGGGGAAAAAAGGCUUGCUGUAAUGUCAGGAAACCUUUUAAAAGUGGAUCUGUAAUAGCAAAUUGUAGAUGCACUUUGCAGCGGUUGGAAAAGAAAGUGUUGUGAUUUGAUUGAAAUAAAACUAAAUGUGUUGUCCUCCUGUAAA